AUGGGAGGAUGGAACAUGCCUAUGUGGUACCAUCUGUUUAUCCAAACUUUCACAGGAGCUGCUCGCGCUUGGUUCGACAGCCUCCCACCUGGAAAAAUCACAUCAUGGGUCGAUUUCAGAACCCAAUUUGUCAACCAUUUUAGUCAACAAAGACGUUACCAGCGCGACACAGCUGAGGUAACGCACAUUUGGCGCAGAGAAAACGAAGGUUUAGAAGAUUUCAUCACUCGCUUUAAUAAGGAGUGUUUGGAAAUUAGUGGUGUAAUCGAACAGCUCAUGCGCGCUCACUUCAAGAAAGCCAUCCGCUAUGAUAGCCUCAUCAGGACCAUCACAGGAAAAGACGGAAUGCCCAAGGAAUGGGAUAAGCUCAUGGAAGCUGCAAAAAUAGUUGCGCAAACUGAAGAGUCAUUGGCCGGUAACAAGAACUCUUACACUGAAGAUAGAUUUUCCAAAGGAAGCUUGCGCGAUAACAACAGGCGCAACAAAGGCAAAAACCCUGGAUGGAAAGCCAGCCAUUCCAGCGGUUAUGAUGAACGAUCUCGAUACAGAGAGGACGCGCACGACACAAUUGAUCACAUUGGUUAUCGAAAGGCAGUCAGGAACGAGAAUCGAGAAAAGCACUGGACUCCGCUCAUCAAUACACCAAAAGAGGUGCUCAUGACGGAGAACCAUGAUUUCAAGGCUCCAAGGCCUAUGACAAACAAGAAGGGGCAGGACCCCAACCUGUACUGUGAUUUCCACAAAGACACAGGUCAUCUGACAGAUGACUGUAUCAGCUUAAGGCAAGAAAUCGAAAAAGCGCUGAAAAGUGGAAAGCUAAGCCAUCUGGUAAAGAAUGUGCGCCAAGAGACACGCUAG